AUGAAAGAUACUGAUAUUGAAGACGUGAAGAGCAUGGGGUUAUUAUCUCCCAAACAUCUCGAAUCCCAGGAGACUGUCCUACCUCAAGAUAUUUUUAGAAAUAAAUUCACCUGGUACUCGUAUGAGAUCUAUAAGUCCUUAGCAUUUCGUAUCUGGCUGCUAUUAUGGUUGCCAAUUAGUGUUUGGUGGAAAAUGUCCAAAAAUUGGGCUUAUCCGUUUGUAGCUUCGAUUUUUCUGUUUCUAGGGUUAGCGUUUUUACCCUGUAGUCAUUUGCUGUUUCGUAAACGUGCCUUAUCAAAACAACUUACCGAAUUUUCCAAAAUAAUUACCAGAAAUGCACCAGGUACGAACGCUGAUGAUUGGAAAAAUGUUGCAGCAAGUUUGAAUUCAUACUUGUAUGAGAGCAAAGCUUGGAAUACCAGGCACUUUUUUUUUGAUGCCUGGGACUGUCAAGAAGCAUUCAGAAGAAACAUUCUUGAACCGUUCUUUUUGCAAAAAGAUGAAGCUGCAAGGAUUAAGUCAUUCAAGGAAUCCGUUCCUUAUAUCGAAGAGGCCGUGCAGACUUAUUUUGCGGAAGUUGACAAACGGUGGAAGUUGUUUAAUAGUGAGAAAUCAUGGAGCCCCGUUAACUUGGAAAACGCUCAGCUUCCCAAGGAAACUCAUCGGUUUAAGCUUACUUGGUUUUUAAAGAGGAUUUUCAAUCCGCUAUGCUUACCGCUCUUCCUUUCAUUUUUUCAAAAUGUCUACACUUCAAGAAAUGAUGCCCCUGUACCACGUUUCUUAUCUCUUGUGGUGCUGUCUCUUAUCAUAGUAAGGCUUUUCCAAAGUAUGAGAAUUUUCCUUCUUUCCACAAAAAUGGAGCACAAGAUUCAGUUCUUGUCAACUAUUAUAAAUGAGCAAGAAAGUGGUGCAAAUGGAUGGGACGAAAUUGCAAAGAAAAUGAAUGGGUACUUGUUUGAGAAAAAAGUCUGGAAAAACGAAGAGUUUUUCUUCGAUGGAAUUGACUGUGAACGGUUUUUCAAUCACUUCUUCUACCGCCUCCUAUCUGCAAGGAAAUCUUUGUGGUAUCUACCAUUGAAUGUGGAACUAUGGCCAUACAUUAAAGAAGCACAAUUAUGCCGCAGAGAGGGGCUCUUGGUGUAG